GGGGGCAAACAGGCCCACAAAGAAAGCAAAAUGAAGAGUAGUAGUAGACUUCUAUCCUUCCUACACUGGUCCCCAUUCCCCAAAGCCAAAGGAAAGGGUAGCUUUAAUAAGAUAGAUAGAGAGAGCAUAUAAGCAGUGAGUAGCCUCCACAAACUCAAUGAAAGUGAAUUGAAAGCCACAUAGGACCAACCAGGUUAGCUAAUGACUAAUGUGUGGAUGUGUUUGUGUCCAUUGUGGUGAACUCAGCCACAGCCUCAGCCUCAGCCUCAGCCUCACCCUCACCCUCAGUUGUUUCCUUUACUAUUUAGUACUAAUAUUAGAACCGUUUCCAACAUGUUCGCACAGUUUAGAGGUCAUCCUCCACAACUCUCUCAAUUGUACCGGAUCUCUCUACUCUUUCUCCACCAACUCUAUUCCCCUAACACCCAUAUUAUUAUAAUCAAGUUCAACCAUGUCUCUCACCAUUAAGCUUCAUCUCAUUACUUCUCACUCUCAUCAUCUCAACCUCAACUUUCAUACUCUCAACCACCACCCAACAAAGUUCACUUCUUUUAACCCCAACAUUCGAUCCAAAUCCAUUUACCAUUCCGACCCAUUAGUCUCCAUCGUCUAUAACACCAAACCCAGGAUGCAUUCUCCGUCUCGGUCGGUUCAGGCUCCGAUCAAGAGCUCUCUAAUUGAUCCCGAUGGUGGGAAGCUUGUUGACCUUGUGAUUCCCGAGAGUGAACGAGCUUCCAGGGUUUUAGAGGCUCAGGCUCUACCCAAGGUGAGUCUCAGUAAGAUUGAUUUCGAAUGGGUUCAUGUGAUCAGCGAAGGAUGGGCUAGCCCAUUGAAGGGGUUCAUGAGGGAAGAUGAGUAUUUGCAGAGUUUGCAUUUCAAUUCACUCAGAAUGAAAGAUGGGUCUGUGGUGAAUAUGUCGCUUCCUAUUGUGUUGGCCAUUGAUGACGAGACCAAGGAGCGAAUUGGGUCUUCGACCAAUGUGGGGUUGGUAGGCCCUAAUGGAGAUUUGAUUGCUAUUCUACGAAGCAUUGAAAUAUACAAGCAUAACAAAGAAGAAAGGAUAGCAAGAACCUGGGGUACCACAGCUCCGGGAUUGCCUUAUGUUGAGGAGGUUAUUACUUCUGCUGGAAAUUGGCUUAUCGGUGGAGAUUUGGAAGUGUUAGAGCCCAUAAAGUAUAAUGACGGCCUUGAUAACUAUAGACUCUCUCCUCAACAACUCAGGAAAGAAUUUGAUAGCCGUCAGGCUGAUGCAGUAUUUGCUUUCCAGUUAAGGAAUCCUGUCCACAAUGGCCAUGCUCUGUUAAUGAAUGACACACGCAGACGCCUUUUAGAAAUGGGCUACAAGAACCCAAUCUUAUUGCUUCAUCCUUUGGGAGGCUUCACAAAGGCUGAUGACGUGCCCCUGGAUGUUCGGAUGGAGCAACAUAGCAAGGUUCUGGAAGAUGGAAUUCUUGAUCCUGAAACUACAAUCGUCGCUAUAUUUCCAUCUCCUAUGCAUUAUGCAGGCCCCACUGAAGUUCAAUGGCAUGCUAAAGCAAGGAUAAAUGCUGGUGCAAAUUUUUACAUUGUGGGUCGGGAUCCUGCAGGUAUGGGUCACCCAACAGAGAACAGGGAUUUAUAUGAUCCUGAUCAUGGGAAAAAGGUUCUAAGUAUGGCUCCUGGACUUGAGAAGCUAAAUAUAUUGCCAUUCAGAGUUGCCGCAUAUGACACUGUACAUAAGAAGAUGGCGUUUUUCGAUCCUUCGCGUGCUAAAGAAUUUCUAUUUAUCUCGGGAACCAAGAUGCGGAAUUUUGCCAAGACUGGGGAGAACCCACCAGACGGUUUCAUGUGCCCUGGAGGAUGGAAGGUUCUCGUCAACUAUUACGAGAGCUUGCAAACAGAAGAGGGAUCACAGCAGGCAGCUGUUUUAUCUGCUUAGAUAAGUAUUGGAAUUUCAGUUCUAAUAAAAUAGGAGAGUCUAAAGCGGUUAAUUGAAGCAAUGAAUAAUUAAAGGUUGUGCACAAAGCCAUAUUGUAACUGAGCAAGUACAAGGAUGUUGUAACUUAAAUUAGUUCUCUGUUAGGCUUUUCAUAUAUAAUGAAACCAGGUUUUGUUUGCCAAUGUUUGUAAAAGAAAAAUGUAUUGAAUAUUUUUUGGUUCAUUAUCUUAGAAUAUUCAAUUUAAUUAAUGUAUGCAAUGAAAAUGAAGCUGUGUGUUGAUAAAA